CCUUAGGGGGAGGGAUGUGUGGUCCAAGUUCACCAGUUUCCCCAAAGCAUUUCAAACUAUUGAUAAGACGCCAACAUGCUGAAAUCCAUCAUCACCAAGCUGACUGUAAAAGAUGUGAGGUUUCCCACCUCUUUGGAGCAGCAUGGAUCGGACGCCAUGCACACAGACCCGGAUUACUCUGUUGCUUAUGUUACCAUCGACACAGACUGUGAAAGUCUUAAAGGAUACGGAAUAACUUUCACUGUGGGAAGAGGCACUGAAAUCGUUGUGUGUGCAGUAAAGGUUUUGUCAGCUCUGGUGAUUGGAAAAACACUGGAAGAAAUAGUGAGUGAUUUCAGAGGAUUCUACAGACUCCUGACAAAUGAUGGGCAAUUGAGAUGGAUUGGUCCAGAGAAGGGGGUCAUCCAGCUCGCAGUGGCCGCCAUCCUCAAUGCUAUCUGGGAUAUGUGGGCACGUGCAGAGGACAAGCCCCUCUGGAAGCUCCUUGUGGACAUGGACCCAAAGCAGCUUAUCCGCUGUAUAGAUUUCACUUACAUCACCGAUGCGCUCACUGAACAGGAAGCAUUAGAUAUCCUGGCAAAAGCCAACAAGGGAAAGCAGGAGAGAGAGGACCAGAUGCUGAAGGAAGGAUAUCCAGCCUACACCACAUCCUGUGCCUGGCUAGGAUAUUCAGAUGAACAGCUCACACAGCUGUGUUCUGCUGCACUAGGUGAAGGAUGGACCAGGUUUAAAGUGAAGGUAGGGGUGGACUUGCAGGAUGACAUUCGCAGAUGCAAGCUCAUUCGAAACAUGAUCGGCCCAGAAAACAAGCUGAUGAUUGACGCCAACCAACGAUGGGACGUCAAUGAGGCCAUUUCUUGGGUAAGCAGCCUAGCAGAGUUCCGUCCUCUGUGGAUUGAAGAACCCACCUCUCCUGAUGACAUCCUUGGACAUGCUGCCAUCUCAAAGGCUCUGGCACCAUUGGGUAUUGGAGUUGCCACAGGAGAGCAGUGCCACAACAGGGUGAUGUUUAAGCAGUUUCUGCAAGCUUCUGCUCUGCAGUUUGUUCAGAUUGACAGCUGUAGGGUGGGCAGCGUUAACGAAAACCUCGCCAUCUUAUUAAUGGCUGCGAAGUUUAAAGUCCCCGUGUGUCCUCAUGCUGGUGGAGUGGGACUUUGUGAGCUUGUUCAGCAUCUCAUUCUGUUUGACUAUAUCUCAGUGUCAGCCAGCUUGGACAACAGGAUGUGUGAAUAUGUGGACCACCUUCAUGAACAUUUUAAAAGUCCAACCGUAAUCAGAAAGGCCUGCUACAUUCCUCCUAAGGAUCCUGGAUUCUCGUGUGAGAUGUUGGAGACAUCGGUGCAGAAACAUCAGUUUCCUCACGGAGAGGUGUGGGGACGUGUUCUGGCGCAGAAACACUCGCCAAUAAUCUGAGUGACUGCUGAUUAACGAAACACUAAAUACAUAAAUACAUUUUUCAUUUUGAUAUUUCUGACUGAAUAAAUAACAAAAAUAAUGUUUACAAAGUAAUGAAUACUGUAUAGAACACAGACAGAAAUUAGACUGUGUUUGAUUGACACUUUUUCUGCUAUCCUAAUUAUGUGAAUGAUGCAAUAACAGACACUGUAAUUGUUACCUAAAUGACUGAAACUUUGGAAUAACUUUUUUUUCCACAGAUUAAACUGUACUUUAAUCUGGUUGA